UGCUGAAGACUGAGAAUAUAAUGAAGACAGAAAUAAAGAGAAACUCUCUCAAAGUGAAGUUUGCAAAGUAAGCGGGAAUUGUUUCACACACAAGCUGCAAUGGAAGAGAUUCCAGUUAAAGUAGCAGUAAGAAUAAGACCUCUACUUUCAAAAGAAGUCCUUCACAACCAUCAAGUAUGUGUGAGGUUAAUCCCAAAUACUCAACAGAUUAUUAUCGGAAAGGACCGUGUUUUCACGUUUGAUUUUGUUUUUGGAAAACAUUCAACCCAAGAUGAAGUGUACACAACAUGUAUCAAGCCAUUGGUGGCAUCUUUGAUAGAAGGGUAUAAUGCUACCGUUUUUGCCUAUGGACAGACAGGCUCUGGAAAGACUUACACUAUUGGAGGAGGUCAUGUUGCAUCAGUUGCAGAAGAAGAGAGAGGUAUCAUUCCACGUGCAAUUGAGGAAAUAUUUCAGAUUAUUUCAGAAAACCAUAAUAUUGAUUUCACUGUGAAAGUUUCUUACAUCGAGGUCUACAAAGAGGAACUCAGAGAUCUUUUGGAACUAGAAACCUCUAUGAAAUAUCUACAAAUUAGAGAAGACGAAAAGGGCAAUACAGUAAUUGUUGGUGCCAAAGACUGUCAGGUUGAAAACGUGGAUGAAGUAAUGAGCUUGUUAGAAACCGGAAAUGCCGCUCGACAUACAGGCACAACCCAAAUGAAUGAGCAUUCUAGCCGAUCUCAUGCGGUUUUUACAAUCAGUAUUUGUCAACAACAACAACCGGGUCAGACUCAGAAGGACACAGAUUCUGCGCAAGAGUCACCUCAAAGUUCAAGCCAGCUGAUUGCUUCCAAGUUCCACUUUGUUGAUCUUGCCGGCUCUGAAAGAGUAACAAAAACUGGGAACACUGGUGAAAGGUUCAAAGAAUCAAUUCAGAUCAACAGUGGCUUAUUGGCUCUGGGAAAUGUGAUAAGUGCGCUUGGGGACCCAAAGAGAAAAAGUGCACAUAUUCCAUACAGGGAUGCAAAAAUUACACGUAUUCUUAAGGACUCCUUAGGAGGCAAUGCCAAGACUGUCAUGAUAACUUGUAUUAGCCCAUCAUCUUCGGAUUUUGAUGAAUCACUAAAUUCCAUCAAAUAUGCCAACAGAGCCAAAAAUAUUAGAAACAAACCUAUUGUCAACUACAACCCAGACUGGGACCUUAUUGACGAAAUGGAGUUUGCCAUCAAGAUACUCCGUGAAACUGUGCAAAACCAGCAGAUUAGUGGACAGGUCCCUGGCAGUCAAGGGUCACAGGAUUCAUUUCGGGACAGAAACAAAAUCCGCUCUCUUGAAGAGCAGCUUGCCCAGCUUCAGGUGGAAAGUUUUAACUACCGAAAUUGCAUGGAAGAAGCCUAUGUGUUCCUUGCCGAAUUAAAAAAUCUUGCCAGCCUGUCAAAAAGUCAACAGGAAAGAUUGCAAGAUUGGAUAUGUGUGGCUCAGGAACUCAGGAGAGAGGCUUCUUCAGUCAUUCCCCAGGUAAACUGUGGAAGUGGAGGUCACCAAGAAGGACCACAUCACAUCACAAUUCUUCAGCUGAAGAGAGAGCUGAAGAAGUAUCAGCAGGCUCUUGCUACUGAUGCAGAAGUGUUUAGUGAGAGAGAGCUUGAGAUAAAAGUACUGCAAGAUCGAAUACAGAAGCUGAUAAAGGAGAAUCAAGAAUAUAUGGAAUUGCUGAAGGAGGCCCAAGAGACAAAUAGGCUACAGAAUGAUAAAAUGGUGGAGCAGCAGCUUAUAAUUGACCGGCUAAAUGACAAGUUAGAGAAAAUUACAAAAGCCUCUGCCUCCAGUGGUGGUUGUGGAGAUGGACCAGCUGGUGUAAUAUCUUCAAAAAGACCAUACAGUGUUCCUCUAACUAAACGUUUGGUGCAAUCCUUUAAUGCUACCGUGGGGCUGGAUUCUCGAAAGGUACACACAAGCCCGCCAACAUAUUCGCUCAACAGAGUAAUGGCUGGAUUUCGAACCCGUAGCCAAAUAGUGUUGGAUCAUGUAGAAGAACAAGAUGAAGUUCUUCAUUGCUGCUUUUCUGAUCACAGUGAUGAAGAUGAAAGAAAUGCCAAGAACAGAAAGAGAACCCUAUUUAGACGCUCCUUAAAUCGUACAUGGACACGAAAACAAGCUCCUCCCAGCUCUACACAUGAACCAAAAGAGAUGCAGCACAAUAAUUCCAUUUCACAAAAUGAAAACAUUUUACAAAUGGAAACUGAUACAGGUGCUGAUAUUGAAUGUAUUCAGAAAAGUCAAAUACUGAAUAGGCAGAAAUUGAAGAACUCAGAACUAAAGCUUAUUGCUGCUAAGCAAAAAAUGAGUGAACUAGCCCUUAAUAUCAGAAUGAAGGAAGAACUUAUUAAAGAGCUGGUGAAAACAGGUAAUGAUGCCCAAUCUGUAAGUAAGCAGUAUUCACUGAAAGUAACACAACUUGAGCACGAAGCAGAGCAGGCCAAAAUGGAUUUAGCCGAAACACAAAAGCAACUGCAGGAGCUAGAGAACAAGGAAUUACGAGACAUUGCUGAAAAAGCCAGGCUACAAAAAGAAUUUAGAAAGAAGAUGGAUACAGCAAAGCUAAAAGUACAGGACUUGCAAAGAAAACAGCAGGACACUAAGAAACUGGCAUCGCUGUCCACCCAGAAUGAGAAACGUGUAACUGAACUGGAGCAGAAUGUCAGUCACAUGAAAAAUCAGCAAGCCCAGCUUCAGAAAAGAUUGCAAGAGGAGAGUGAAAAAAAGAAAAGCUUGGAGGCAGAAAUUCAGCGGGGCCAGCUGCAGAUAAAGGAGCUCCAACAAAAGACAGAGCAGCAGGAAAAGAUUCUAAAACUAAAAGAUGAAGAAAUUGCUGCAUUUAAGAGAAAAAACUCAUCUGAAACUACUCAGCAACUGCAGAAAUUAGAAGAGAAGAAGAAAUGGCUGGAUGAAGAGCUAGAGAAAGUUUUGCAUCAACGGCAAGAGUUAAAAAAUUUGGAGGAAGAUUUAAAGAGAAGAGAAGCUAUCAUUUCCAAGAAAGAAGUGCUGACACAAGAGAAGAGCCAUUUGGAAAUUAAAAAACUGAGAUCCAGCCAGGCCCUCAAUAAAGACAGCUUAAGAUUAUCGACUCGUCUGAGUAUGCUGAAUCAGGAGUUGUGUGACAAAAAUAUGCAGCUGCAGAGCAGCAGCACUGAUGAGCAAGAAAAGAUUAUGGGAGAGAUCCAGGCUCUACAAAAGGAAAGGGAUCAGCUGUUGAACAGAAGGAAUAGUGUGGAUGAGAAACUGAAGAAUGGCCGAGUGUUGUCACCAGAAGAGGAACAUGUUUUAUUUCAGCUUGAAGAAGGGAUUGAAACCUUAGAAGCUGCCAUCGCUUACAAGAAUGAAAGUAUCCAGAAUCACCAGGACUCCAUCAGAGCCUCCUCUCAAAUCCUCACACAGAGUGAGGCCAAUGUGAUGGGAAAGUUGGUUUCCUUGUCUGCUACAGAGCUGAGAGCAAUUCUUUUAAAGUAUUUUAAUAAGGUUGUUGGUCUCCGUGAGACUGAACGCAAAUUGCAACUGCAGGCAGAAGAAAUGGGAAUGAGAGUAACGGAAAAAGAGAACAUAGUAAGAGAACUUGAAUCGGCACUUGAGCAUCUCAUGCUUCAGUGUGACAGGCGUCUGACCCUCCAACAGAAAGAACAUGAGCAAAAGAUGCAGUUAAUAUUGCUUCAUUGCAAAGAAGAAGAUGGGGAGAGUAUUGCAGAAACUUUUAAGACAUAUGAAACUAAAGUCCAACAACUGGAAAGAGACUUGUUCUUCUAUAAGAAAACUAGCCGUGAAUUAAAGAAGAAAUUAAAGGAACUGGUUGCAGAAUCAAUACACCAUCCUCUGACACAAAGUAAUUGUUCCAGUGAUGGGAUACUGAAUCGAGAAGAAGUAAUUACCUUGUCAGAAGAAUUCAAACGGACAUCCACACCAACAGGGAAAUUAAAAGAAAUAAACUCCCCAAUGGGUGAUUUAGGAGCACAACAGAAUUCAUACAGAUUUGAAGAGGAAGCUGCAGAACUGGGACCCAACACACCCAACAGUCACGAAGAGCAAGCAGGAAAAGUACACCAGCCUGCAAAAUCUCACCCACAAGUGUGUUGCCCUUCUCAGACCAGAGAGACUAUGACACAGCUUCAAGGAGUAACCCCAGUAAAACUUCCUCGCAAAGAAUUGCGCUAUAUCCCUGCUUCUGAGCUUUCCUCAAGGCGUUCCGGCCUUGCAGUUGGUAUAAAUUCUGUUCCUGCUGAUUCUAUUGAAAUGCCUAGAAAGUCUGACUAUAAUAUAUAAUUAUCCUUGUAAUAUUUUGAAAGCAAUUACACAGUUCCCUUUAUUUCCAGUUUAUUUCAGGCAGCUACGAUAUUUGAGUUAUUUCACAUUGCGUGUCUCACACUGCUGAUCAUUUAUUGUGCCCCAUAGAAAUCUGACGCCUUAAUAGCAGAGUGAUUAUAUCAGGGGUUGAAACCAAAGGACUUUUUGUCCUUAAAGCAUAAAUUUUAUUUGUACUGAUUUUUCCUUCAGAGUAACUGAUGGAUUUUUAUUCCACAUCUUCAUAAAUGCAUUCUUCUAUACUGCAAAGAAUCUUAGGGCUGGUUCACAAAGUACAUUUUUAGUUGCAUGAGUUAUCAUGAUCAUUCUUGAGUGCAUAUUUAUGAAGACAAACAAUGUAUAAAAGCAACCACAGUUACAGUCUUAUUGUAUAGGGGGGCGGAAAUCACAUUAGGUUAAAUACUGCUGACUGUAUAAUUGGUUAUUUUUACACAUUAUUUGUCCAUAUGAACAUGGUGGUGGUGACAGCCUGAAGCACUCACAUGGAAAAAAGAAAUCUGGUGUGAACCAGCCCAUUGUAAUAAAGGUCUUCAUAGAUACAUCAGCAAUACGUGGUUUCCAGCCCAGGCAUACUUAUGCUGAAGUUUGACAAAGCACUUGUGACUGACCAAAGCCUUGGGUUGUGAAUGUCCUUUAAAAACAAAACACGACUACAAUGUUUCUAAGAAAUUAAUGUUUUCACAAGGAAAUUUAUCUUGCCCAACUCAUAGUUUAAAUGAAUAAAAGCCCCAAUUUCUCUUUCUUAUAACUAACUCUGUUGUUAUGUGACUUUGAAACUUUCUGUGGGGAGAAAGUUUUUUUCCUUAAUAGAAAAGAAACAUUUUUAUUGGCUCCAGGGAAAUUCCUCCCUGUUGCUAGAGCUUGCUAGAGCUAUGUCACGUAUCACUGAGAUAGAUGUAGAUGUGCUGUCAGUGAACUAGGGCAAUAAAAAGUUACCCUGCUUGGAAGGCACAGCUGUGUAUCUCUUAGCGUGAAGUACAUGAUAAGUUAGAAAACUGCUUUGUCUACUCGACCUGGUGUAGACAUAACACUUACUGUGGAUAAAGGGACCAGGAGCAGACUUGCAUCAUAUAUACUCACUCUUCCCAUGAUAAUUCCCUUGACCCCCGUUUGUCAGUACAUAAGGUCAUUGUUCGUUUUAGAUAAAAUGACUCCAGGGGCACUUCUAAAUUUUUGUUUUUCUCAUUGGUUCCCAAGUUGUUUAUUAUCUGUGCACAGGACGUGUUUUGUGCACGGAAGGUAUUCCAAUCCAGCAGAGUCUCCCACUGGCCGAAGAUGGGUGACUUCUCCCAUAUUGUCCCCCGGCCUCCUGCAGUAAAUUUGAAAGACACAGAAUGGUCAACUAGCAAAAACUGCCUCCCCCCCCCUUUCCAUUGGCUGGAGCAUCCCAAGUGGUAGUCCUUUCAUGGGGCCUUUAAAAUCUAAGCCAAUGUGUGCCUAGUUUCUUAAAAAAUAAAAAAAUAAAAUACAGGAUUGUAUCAAACUCUGUUCCUCUGCCAACAAAUGACACUUUUGAUCCAGUAGAUGCUUGCAUGAGUGGGAGGUCAAAGGUGAUUUGGGCAAAUUCCCUUAUUCCUACUGGUCUCUCAUUCUUUCCAUGUUGUUCUAGCCUUCUGGAGCAGGGUUGGGAGACAUCAAAAGGGAGGAAAUUACGGGGGUGAGAAGCUCUCCGGACUCUCUCAGCACCUGGAUGAAACCUUUACUACUGAUCUUUGGGGUAGACUAUUGUGCAUUAAAUAUUUGUCAUGAUUUUUAGUGUUCAGAUAGUUACAGAUAGUUAAUAGCCAUUUUUGCAAAUUUGGGCACAUCAAUCUUUGCACUUAAAAAUACUGAGUACAUGGCACUCUGCUGGAAGAAGAGUUGUCAAUUCUGGCCUUUUCUCCCUCCCCUGCUCUGCCUGCCAGAGUGGCAGGGAACUCUGUUCAAGAGUGUAGGAGAUUAAUUAAUGAAACCCACCUCUAUCCGCCUUACUCCAAUGGGAGCCUCCUCUGGAUAUUGUACCUUUUCCCUUUCCACAGGAGUCUGGAUCCAGCCCAUUGCUUUGAAUUAUUUUUUGCUUAGGUUGCAUUUUUUUUUAAAAAAACUGGAUAAGAUCUUACACAGUUGCUAUCCGCUUGUAGGCCUCAUUAACUUCCAGUAGUGAUUCUUAAGAAGAAACCUUUCUGGUCAGGAUAUCAUGUUUUAAGAUAAGCUGUGAACAUGCUAAAAACCAUAGUUCAUCCUACUCUAUGUCAGUGUGUCCAACUGCUUUAUUUGUAAGCUAAAAUAUUUUACAAUUUCUCAAGACGGAAAUAAUUGUUUUAAUUGCAUUUGUUAUUUGUUGCUUUGUUGAAUCGUGAUUUGAGAGUUUUGCAAAGGGGUGUGGUCUUAAGUUCAAAUAUUUCACUCUCUUAAAAUGUACUUAUACAACCCAAAUACAAACAUUCUAAAACACAAAAUGAAGUACAGUAAAUGGUUCCUACAGUAUGCAACUUCUUUAAAAAGAUGCAGCAAAGGGGCCUGUGUGGGUCAGUUCACAACAUCACAAAGCUAAUCAGCACAGUGAACAGCUGCUACAAAUGUAUGGAGCUUUCCUUUUUCUUUUUAAUCCUUAGCUGGAUGCUGGAGAGGAAAUGGUGCAGAGAACCUUUCAGCAUGGUUCCACUGUUGAAACAGUAUUAUCAACUAAUUGCUAUAAAUUACAAAUGUCUUAGCUUUCAUAACACAUACCCAUAUACUAAAUUAAUAAUCAUCUUUUAAAGCAUGGGUUUCCAACAUGGACACUAGGGCUUGUUUGAGGUCUUCCAUGGGUGUCCAUUCCUUAAAGCCUCUUAUGUGCUUUUCAAGGUUCAUUAUUAAUUUUCUUGACUCUGACUUUUACACAGCAAGGGUGUCCGUGGGUGGGUGUUCUCCGUCUCAGGAGCAGGGAUAGUAACUUUAAAGGUGUUUUAAUCUUCUCACUGCUUUAGGCAACCAAUGUGGACACCACCACCUGUUCAGAAAAUGUCUUAAGUCAUUGCAGCGCACAAGUAGGCAUGUCUAAAUUGAUUUCAGAGAUGUAAAGCAGCACUGUUGGCCUAUUAAAGUUUGCUUUUUAAUUUA